AUGGUGGGCACUGAUGGGACCACUGAGAUGCCUCUAGCCUCUGGAUUUUCUCUCUUGUGGUUCCUGCUGUUGGGUUCUCCUCACAACCCAGAAGCCAUGACUCAGCAGGGGUUACUGCUCAGCACAGUGAGGUACCCUCGGUGUCUGAACCCCACGGGGCUUGAGAUCCCAUUCGAUGACCUGCACUGUCAGGGCAUGUCUGAAAUGUUGGAGCUCAUCAUCAGUGAAGUAUUCCAGCUGAGGCAUUGGAGGCAAUUCCCUAAGGAGCGCAUUGGCCCCUACAAGCCUGUGAGUCACGUCUGGUUGCUUUUACUUCUUCUCCUCACCAAUGCCAAAGGGAAGACUUACAUGCUGAAGAUCAGUGAGAGGUUGAGAGAGUAUCUCUACAAUCCCUGGGGAUAUAUUGUACCUCAAAUAGACGCUUUUUCCAGCUGCUCUUCCAAAUUGGAGAUCCCUGGUGGUUGGCCCGAGGGCACCUGUAUUCUGUGGGCUGGCUGGGGUGCUCAGGUCAGGGUGGGGACAGGUAUAACCUCUGUGCGUCAUUGUCUACUGGUGCCGCCGGACAUUGCUCAAACUGCCAGCACCGUGAAGACCUGGACUUCAGAGCAUGUCUUUAAACACUCAUGGGAAACUGUUAUGACAGCUGUAAUGCAGAAAUACCCAAACCCUAUGAAUCCAAGUGUAAUUGGAGUUAAUGUGUUGAACAGACAUGUAGAUCCCUGUGGAAAGUUGCACAGCCACAGAUUUCUCAGCACAGAGUGGGGACUGCUGUCCAUUGUGAAAUGUCUUAUUGGUGCAACAAGAACCAAAACAUGUAUGCAAGAACAUUCUGUUGAUCCUGUAGAGAAAGCGAUGGAACUUAAAUAUACUAAUAUUUCAUUUACAAAUAUGGUUUCAGUAGAUGAGAGACUUAUGUACAAACCACAUCCUCAGGAUCCAGAAAUAACUGUUUUGACUCAAGAAGCCAUAAUCACCUUGAAAGGAGUUAGCCUCCGCAGUUACCUUGAAGGACUGAUGGCAAGUAGGAUAUCCUCAACUUGCAGUGAGCAGAGAUCGCACCAUUGCACUUCAGCUGAGAUUGAAGAAUUGACAGCCUCAGCAAGAGGAAGCACAAGGACUCCAGUGGCAGCAGCAGCAUUUGCAGAGAAGUAA